CCAUUACUGAAGUUGUUCGGGUGUUUAACUGUGGUGUUCCGCUCCUUCUACAUAUAUAGCUAAUUUAAAUGUAUUUUAUUAAUGUUACUCCCUUGACAAGACUUACCUAGUAGUCGCUAGUACAGAAGCAACAUUAUUUGCUAGCCGGGCUGUAACGUUAAUGACAGGUUACGUAACGUUAAAUUAAAAGUAAUAAUAACGUUAUCUUUAAAUGCGGAGACAGAAAUCUUUUCAACAGUGAUCGUUUAUGUGUAACACAAGUGAAGAUCGACGCUCUAGUUUGCCUUCAUCAGCAUGUCUUACUUAGAGCGGGCUGAGUCUCAGCUCGCAGAGGUGGAGCUGCUCACCAGCAUGUUUCCCACACAGGAGGAGCUGGAGAUCACAGAUCAGCUGGCACUAGCUGAGCUCAGGGACUAUGUGGAGGGCUCAGAUUCAACAGACAGCCCACCUCCUUCCAGACCUCAGUUUCUCAUCAAACAGAAACUGGACACUGGGAGCACUGAGAGGACGGACGUCAUUCUAUCAUGUGCUUAUCCACCCGAAUAUCCCAGUGUGUUACCAGAGAUAACAAUCAGGUGUGCUAGUCUCAGCAGGACCCAGCAGACGCAGCUCCACACAGAUCUCAACGCAUACCUCUCGGAAAACAGCCAGGGGGAAGUGUGUGUGCUCUCUGCUGUGGACUGGGUGAAAGACAACCUGCAGUUCUUCAUUAAUAAGAGCUUAUCAGCAGCACUGGCUCCUAAGAAAGACUCUGCAUCUCCAUGGCUACAGGAAGUGUUUACCCGACUGUGGAUUUACAGUCAUCACAUCUACAACAAGACAAAGAGGAAGAACAUCCUGGAGUGGUCCAAAGAGCUGGGCCUGUCGGGAUUUAGCAUGCCUGGGAAGCCUGGUAUUGUCUGUGUGGAAGGUCCUCAGUCUGCCUGCGAGGAGUUCUGGUCCAGAGUGAAGGUUCUGACAUGGAAGAAGAUCAUGAUUCGACACAGAGAGGAUAUUCCCCUCGAUCGUCAGGGCAAGGACAGCCGGACUGUUGAGUGUAUAGACUCCCUGCGCAAAUUCACAGGCUUUGAAGAGGCAAUGUUUGACCCCCAUGGGAACAGAGGUAAUCACAUGGACCUUGGGCAGCUCUACCAGUUCUUAAAUGAGAAAGGCUGUUGUGACAUCUUUCAGAUAUAUUUUGGCAUUGAAGGGAGGUAGUGGUCACACCUAAAGUAUAUUAUACAUAGGUAUUUGACUGGUUCCUUGUUGCUGAAGUGAUUUCUCCUGAAAAUAAGUGUUAACCUUAAAAUGGAAAUGUAUUCAUUAGUGCACAUAAAUGGAUAGUGAGCAUGUGCCUGAUAAUCUGAGAUAAAUAAAUCACCUUUUUGUGAGUGUUGCUCAGCCGUUACACCUGGGACCUCAUUGGGAUAGAAGGCAGAAACAACAUUUCAGUAAAUGUUCUGGCUCUUUUUUGCUAAUAGGCAUUUUUCAAAAAGAAGCAUUAAAAUUAUGUUUUUUUCUGAGAGUUUUCUCAAGGACUUGUUAGAUUUGCAAUUUUAAUACUACUUGCCCUAGGUCUUUCUUUCCUCAAAUUUUACCACUGUGUAUUGCUAUGAGGCUAUAAGACGAUUUUCAGGUCUGAUAACAUUAAUAAUUGGACAACAGUCAACAAUAUGCUAGAUAUCUGUUUAUGAAAUCUGUUGAUUUUCCUGUUAUGAAUUAUAGAUAACAUAACUGUGGAAAGUCUUCAAUUUUCAUGGAAUGAUUAGAUGUUAGUUUAAAUGUGGAUUACACUGGCAAUUAAAAUGAACAUGAAUCUUGAUUUUAGCCCCCCAUCAUACAGUUUUUAUCGGGAUUUUGUUCCACUGGGUUUCAAUGCAACGGUGACUUGUAAGAUGAGGUGCCACGCAGACACACACAGCUGUAGAAAUACCAAUGAAACAGGUCAACAUACCAGUGAGUUUAUAUGAAAGGAAAUAACAAGACAUAAAUUGAAGACAAAGAUAAUGUUCCAUAGUUAUAGGCAUUGGAUUUGCAGACAUGCUUAGUCUACAUUGUCCAGCAGAUGGCACUAUUAUAUAAUUAAAGUGGGAAAGUAUGAUGGCAUCCUUAGGUUAUCUGAUUUCUGGAUGUUAACAGGUUUAAAUCUAAAACAAUACAUAAUUUCUACAUACUAUUAGAUAAUGAUAAAAGGUAAAAAACAAUGUCCCCUGCUAUUUGGAUCAAAUAUAAAUAUGAUUUCAUUUAACUUUCAUGAAUCAACCAUGCAGAUUAAAAUGUUAUUUUGUGAUGAUAAAGGCAGGAGGAUCUUGUGGCCUUGAACAUUUCACAAGACAAAGGAGUUUCUCUGUAAAAGCUCAACAAAAAAAAAAAAAAAAAAAAAAAA